CGAAGAUAAGCUACCAACCGCAUAGAGUCGGCUUGUUUUGACCGGCGGUGCAUCCCGAUGUCAUUUUUCAACGGCUUUUAGGGCUAGCGGAGUGGCCCCCAUGAGGCAAGCCUGAGGGAGUGGCGAUGUCGGGCGGACCAACAAGUUUUUUUUUUCCCUUCGUAUCAGAGUGCGCGAAAUAUGUUACUGGAGGCUGGAAGACAGCCGAGGCUCACUCUCAGAGUCCACCGAUUGCUAUCAGAGGCGAUGGGUCGACUCUCAUGGGUGCGGUUGUAGAUGGAUCUCAGUAUAGUGUUGACGGCAUCUACCCAGUCUGCAGUUAAAUAGAGGUGCUUCCUUCGCCGAAUCGAGGAAAAGGAUGUACUUCAUCACCACCAUCGACUCUUGGCUGCCCUCUCUCGUUCUCUCAAGAUGUUGGCUUCAACGAACUUUUGGGUGAGAUUCUCGCUCCUCGUCUUUGGCAGCGGUGCCCUUUCCUCCCCAACCCCCGGGACCGAGGACUCCAUCUCAUUCAGGGGUCUCGACAAGAUCUCUGCCGCCGCGGUUCACAACAUCCACCUCUCCUACCGCGAUGACUUUCCCCACGGCAAGCAGGUCCGCGUGGUGUAUGGUGACUGCAGCGCAAAGAGAGAUGAGCAGUCCCACGAGGUCGCCUCCCUCCUCACCACGCGCACCUCUGCCUCGCCCGAUCGCCUCGUCUGGUCUGUUCCCAGGGAGGCCAGCCCGGGGGGUUGCCUGCACGCUCGCGACCCCGAGGGCAACCUCCUCGGAAGGUCUGCCCCCAUCGACUUUUCGGGGUCUCGUAGCCUGCGCAAGAGACAGGCGCUGAGCGAGGUGGGCGACUCCAACGGCAUGUGGUUCGACGGGGUCCGCUACCUCGAGUCAAAGAACGUCUCGGCCGUCGCGACCGCCGAGGCCAAGGCCAAGAAGAUCGCCAUCGUGGGCGGCGGCAUGUCUGGGCUGCUCACGAGCCUGAUCCUGGACUCGGUGGGGGUGACCAACUGGCACAUUGUCGAGUCGAGCGAGCGUCUGGGAGGCCGCAUCCGCACCAAGUACCUCAACGGCACGGGGCCCGAGGACUACCAGUACCAGGAGAUGGGCCCCAUGCGGUUCCCCGUCAGCGUGCGCUACGCCGACAUCAACCAGACGCUCGACAUCCAGGACCACAAGAUGGUGUUCCAGCUGGCCGACGUGCUCAACGAGAGGAACGGCAACGACUCGGACCUGGCGGUCAAGUUCAUCAACUGGGUGCAGACCAACCCCAACACGCCGGCCAGCUCGAGCGGCUACCGCCUGCCCGACGGCCGCAUCCCCUCGGGCAGGGAGCUUGCCGCGCUGGACAAGUCGGUCCUCCCCGCCGCGGCCAACGCCUCCGACGUCGAGGGCGCCGAGAUGGGCAAGAAGUUCCUCGAGCGCAUCAUCGACAUGACGCCCGAGCGGGCGCGCAACAUCUCGGCCAACGUCUUCCAGGCCCACCGCGACGCCAUCGACCGCGGGCUGUUCCACUGGUCCGAGACGGCGUACCUGCGCUACCACCUCGAGCUGGACGACGACACGGUCGACUUCCUCUCGGGCUCGGGCAGCACGCCGCUGUGGGGCCAGUGGUACGAGUACUUCCGCGCCACGACCUGGCGCACCAUCGACAAGGGCCUCGAGUCGCUGCCGCGCGCCUUUGCCCCGCUCGUCGAGGGCCGGCUCACGCUGGGCCGCAAGAUCACGGGCCUCGAGUACGACGAGGCCACGUCCAAGGUGGCGCUGACGUGGCGCGACAGGGCGUCGGACAGGACGGCGCGGCGCGACGAGUACGACUACGCCGUGGUGUCGGUGCCCUUCUCCAAGGUGCGGCUGUGGCGCCUGCCCGCCUUCUCCAGCCUGCUGUCGCGCGCCAUCAACACGCUCAGCUACCAGCAGUCGUGCAAGGUGGCGCUGCACUACAAGACGCGCUUCUGGGAGCACCAGGCCGAGAACCCCAUCUUUGGCGGCUGCGGCUCCGUCGACGUGCCGGGCAUCGGGUCCGUCUGCUACCCGUCGUACGAGGUCAACUCGAGCCGGCCCGGCGUGAUCCUGGCGUCGUACCAGUCGGGCACGCUGGCGCGGUCGCUGGCCGCGCUGAGCGACGAGGACCACGUCGAGAUGGUGCAGCGCGCCAUGGUUGAGGCGCACGGCGACGUGGCCGACGAGCAGUGGACGGGCAACUACGACAGGCAGUGCUGGGAGGUGGACGAGCACCAGGCCGGCGCCUGGGCGUCCCCGACCGUCGGCCAGCAGGAGCUCUUCAUCCCCGCCUACCACAAGACCGAGAUGAACACCAUCUUUGUCGGGGAGCACACCUCCAUCACCCACGCCUGGAUCUUUUCCGCCCUCGAGUCGGCCGUCAGGGGCACCACGCAGUUGCUUCUGGAUAUGGGCUUGGUCGACGAGGCCAAGGAGGUUGUCGACACUUGGAUGGCGCGCUGGAUCACGGUCUAGAGGGGGAACUGAUAAUGACUCAAAAAAAGAAAAACGAGAUAUGAA